AUGCCGAUCGAUACAGAUGACCUCGAACGGCUAAAGCUGGCCUUGGUAGUCGCAAAGGAAAGCACGGUCAAUUCCAGCCUGCCUUGCGCCGGAUACGAAAAAGCGGAAGCGUACCGGCUCGAACUUGAGGCCUUGAAACAGGAGUUUGAUGACAUGAGACCAAGAAGCAACGCACAGGUGAAAAAAAUGCGAGAAGAACUGAACGCUAGCCGGGCCAGAGUGGCUGAGCUCGAGGAAAAGAGUCGCUCUUCAGAAGAAGUUUUGAAGGAGUUGUCCGAGCGGAUCAUGCGACUGUCGAAUGGAGGAAGUACAGCUCCGAUACCACGUUCCACUACCGAUAAUGCUGGUGUUAAUGCACCAUCCGCCAAACUUAGUACACAGGUAGCGACCGCCCAGACGAUCGGCAUGCUCCGUGACACGGUAAAGUUUUUGAAAAAGCGGAACGAGACAUUGACUGCGAGAUGUCAAAGGAAAGGCGUAUACCAGCCGGGACCGACCAUAACACAAGAAGUAGACUUGCUGCACAGUAAACAGCUAGAAGUGGUGGAGCUGCAAAAACAGCUAGCAACAGUACAUGCGGAACUGGAGCUGCGGCGGAAAAAUACGCAUCAAACGGAGCAACGACGUCUCGCAGGGGGGCUGAAAGCGCUCAAGGAGAGAACCGCGGUGCAGACUCUGGCAGAGGAACCGGACAUUCUCAACUCUGAGGCCCCAAGCGAUCCAUUACCCUCCGCUUCAGUCAAGCUGGAAACCUUAAACGAUGCCCCGCAGCGGGCAGAACUAAGAAACACGGAACUAUGCGACGCUAAAGAGCAAGCUCUCUCCGCCAAUCUAGAGCGGAACCAGGCAUACACCCGAACCAUGAUUCGAAUUACGAAUAUACCGAUGGAUUACACCCAAGAAGAUGUCAUCAGGCAAUGGCUUGGCAACGGGAAACAUCUGAUUCAUUGGGAUGAAAGCCCUGAUAUGUUUAUGCGACUCCAUGAAAAUGACACCCAAUCCUGCAUCGCCUAUCUUGCAAAUGAACAAGCUGCAUUAGAGCUGCAGUCCUGCUUCCAGGGUAUGGAAAUCUUUGGGAAAAAGCUGCAAAUUGAGGUGGAGACGCUGAAGAAAACGGUGGAUUCAGAGCCGAACAUGACAGCCGCUUGG